GUUGAAUGGAUGCGCCCGGGAUUGACCCUGUACGCGUGGCGAAGAGUGCUGUAGAAGAUGGUUCGAGAGAACUGCGAGCUGGGCGUGCGAGAGCUUCAAGGGGUUUGCCUGAGAUGUUCGAUGUAGAAGUGCAACUGAACAAGCAGCUGGAACGCUGCAGAGCCUGUAUGUAGAGGUAGUUGCACACAUCAGUGUGUAUUUUGAUUUGAGCUGCUGGAUGGACCAAUCUUACUGUUCAGCCCUUUGUGGCAAUUUUGCAGAUGUCUCACCAACCUUGCACGUCAGUCUCCAGUCUGUCUGGCACUCCGUGUGAAGGCUUUGGUGCUUUUUAUUUUCCAAGCCUCGCAUGCAGGGAUCCUUUUGCAAGCGACGAGAGUAGGAAUUCGUCAGGAUAAAUGUGCGGAACUUUGCAACUUGCAGCGCAAGCACUUGAUCUGAAGCUGCUUUUUGAGAGAGCGUGUGCGUUGGCCAGUGUGGUUGUUGAGGUGUGCAUGACAUGCGGGUCUACUGAACUGAAAGCAGCACUCGCUGUUGAAAACCUCUCGUCCAUGGCCAUUUUCUUGAUUUGUCGGUGCAGCAUGGAACGACCAGUUGCGAGGGAAAGUAAUUUGUGAUGGAGUCAAGCUGAGUUUUGAGACGGUGUCUCCUCCAAACAUAUGAAAGAAGCUGGGAUACUGUGUGGAUGUGAGAACGUAUGGAUGCUGCAUGUUAAGUGCUGGUGCUCAGGCUAUCACUUUUGAGCGACUGCGUGAAACAAAACUUUUGCGAGAUCUGUUGGCCUGCUUGUGCAGAACCUGAGAGCAUUUAUCGUCACUGUUUAUCAUGUGCGAGAUGACUGAUUCCUGCAAGUGUCCAACUUUAUAGAUGGCUUGGAAUGCUUUGGUUGAGCUAAAUUAUGGAACGCUGAUAUCAUGAUGAAGGUGGCUGUCCCUGCAUGCACUGAAUGUGAAAGCAUGCUAGAGGGAAUGGUGAGGUGAUCAUGGAUGCGGGUGAAAAGGAUGUGACAUAGCUGGAUUCGCCCAAAUGUAAAUGUG